AGCAGUGUCAAGUGUGUUCACUGUUCAGUUCAUCUUCAUAAUCCCUGGUUCAAGUAACAAAUCUAAAGAAAAUCUCUGCUUUUUCAAUCCCUGUAAUGGCUCAAAAAUUCAACGAAUUAAGGCAACAAUUGGACAAGUCUCUCCAUGAUUCAUCCAAACCCUGGACACCUUUUUUAGCACAAGCAGAACAGAAAAUCGGCUUGGAUAGGGUUUACAUUUUUAUUGGUGCAGGAGCUCUAAUUGGAUUGUGGUUGGUGUUUGGCUAUUUUGCUGAACUGGUAUGCAACACUGUGGGAUUUAUAUAUCCUGCAUAUGUAUCCAUCAAAGCUAUUGAAUCAAAAACUAAGGAUGAUGAUACCAAAUGGUUGACUUAUUGGGUAGUAUUCUCACUUUUUUCAGUAGGUGAAUACUUUGCAGAUUUCAUUGUACGUUGGUUCCCUCUUUAUUGGCUAGUUAAGUGUAUCUUCCUGGUAUGGCUCAUGAUACCUACAGAUUUUAAUGGAUCUUUAAUUUUGUAUAGAAGAAUUAUCAAGCCAUAUUUCCUACAGCAUCAGCAAAGUAUUGAUGAUGUAUUGAAUAAAGCAAAGGAAUCUGCAACCAAAGUAUUGGAGAAAAAGGAUUAGAUUGAAAUAUAGUGAUGUCAGAAAGUUUGUGGCUUUGAAUAAUUUUUGGGAGUGUUUAAAUUGUCUUUUAUGAUUUAUGUAUUGUUGAUUCAGUAUUUUUACAAUCUCAUUAGUUUUUGUGAAGAAGGUAUUUGAUUUUAAAAAUAUUAGGUUUAUUUUUCACUAGUUUUUUAAGGAAGUAUAGAGAUUAGACAGUAAUGAUAACAAAUUGUGAUUUUGCAUAUUCAUUUUUGAAAAAGUUUCUCAUUUUUUUUAUUUGUAUAGAUAUUUUUAAUUUUGAAUACAAACUAUUUAAAUCUUUAUGAGCUUGUUGAAUAUUUGAAUAUGUAGAUAACUACUUCAAAUUGAAUCCAAUAUUUCUAGCUUUUGAAUAUUUGAUAAAUGUUAUAAGCAUGUUAUUGUAAAUGUAUUUCAAAUAUUUUUUCAAUACAUAUAUUCUGCAU